UAAAUAAAACGCGAUGUAUCGCCAGUGCAAUGGUUAGAAGUCUGACGUUGUGGGGUCGUCUCGAAGUUAUGACACCCGCAUAUUGUGUUUUUCAGUGUUACAUUUUCUCGGUGCCGGCACCUAGAUUUAGUUAAUUGAUUGUUAUUUGUGUUAUUUUCCUGAUACUAUGGACACAGAUCAAUCUGCUGGUGACUUGUUUUGGUAGCGCUGCAUUCCUCGGGCCUCUUACGUAUAACAUCAAACAAAAGUCCGAUCCUGCAAUAACUUUCCAAAAUCUUCCUCAAGACUGUAACAAUUUAGAUUUUAAAUGAAUUUUUGUUGUUUAACAAAUGUAUGGAGUCGCUAAGGGAUGCCAACAGUGAGAGAGAAUCAAAAGACGGAAUUAGUUAUUUAUUUAUUCAUUUAAUAAUUAAUAUUAUUAGUUUGUAAAUUUUGUUUCAUCGGCCCACUAUAUGUCCUAUAUUAUAAGGAUUAAGGGUUCAGAAAUGUAUAUUACAAGUUAUUAUUCUCGAAUGUAAUGAAGUUUGUGAGUUUUAUUUAUUCUUAUUUAAUCAUUAGCCGAGUUAGGUAUUUAAUGGCGAUUGAAUUAACAUCACAAUGGAUAACAAAGUUAAUAUAAGGGACGUCAGAUUUUUAUAGUCAUUUGAUGGGAAAAGUAUGGACAAUAUGGCGUCGAACGUGUCAGUACGUAGCACUAAACAGAGGAAAGACAAUUUAAUCACAAGGAAGCAGGAUAAAAGCCCUGAGAAGACGAUCAGGGGCACAAGGGGUGCUUAUCGGGGGAUUCCCUCAACUUCGAAAAGAGAUGAGGAGACGGACACAGGGUCUUCAGAGAGGCUGGACAGAUCGAAAAAGUUUAUCUCGCAGAAUAAGAGUAGCUAUGGGCUGGGUAAGAGGCCAGAUUUCUUGAAGAAUCGGAAUGUACACCUUGCUUCUUCGCGGUAUGGCCAGAUGACAUCGGGGCUGCACGGACACGGGCACCAGAUAUCGCAGCCGGCGCACCACCUCGACUCCACCGUUCUGCCCGCUAAGGAGAAAACUGUGCACGGCAAGGAGAAGACCUUCAAGGUGGUGAUGGGUGGCGAGGUGGGUGUGAUGAAGACGCCGGUGCUGGGUCCGCGGCCGUACAACGCGCUUGCAAUCAUACACACGCAGCAGAGCAACACCUUCGAUAUGCUAAACACGCUCACCACCAGUGUUGCCAGUCAGCCGGUGGUGGGUGUGGGCGUGGGCGGGUUCCGGCGGCGCAGCUCUGGUCAGGGCGCGCUUGCCAGCUGCGACCCAGAGCUGGACGACAGCGGGAACAAGCUCGUUGCACGACUGGAAGACGAUGCCUUCAUCUCGGAACAAGAUCUGGAAGAGAACAUACAGAUCGCCACAGCGACGGAGAAAGGUCUGCCUCACGCCGACGACACGGGGGGUGAACAGCCGCAAGAACAACAGAAUGGUUUGGUUUACGGUCCUAUCUAUGAUAAACUGGAUCUGGAGAAGGAUAAACAGAAGCAGGAUAAAGAAGAUGAAGAGGAACCUAUUGGUGUAUCACCGUGUGGAAGGUUUUUCAAAUACGACAAAGAGGUGGGCAGAGGUUCCUUCAAAACUGUAUACCAUGGAUUGGAUACACAGACUGGUGUUGCUGUGGCGUGGUGCGAAUUGUUGGAGAAAAAGCUAAAUAAAACGGAGCGUCUCCGUUUCCGUGAGGAGGCGGAUAUGCUGAAGAAGUUGCAGCAUCCAAACAUUGUGAGGUUCUACAACUACUGGGAGGGCACUGUCGCCAAGAAGAAGAACAUCGUCCUCAUCACAGAACUCAUGCUCUCCGGUACACUUAAAGCUUAUCUGCGUAGAUUUAAGAAGAUAAAUCCCAAAGUUCUGAAGUCUUGGUGUCGACAGAUUCUGAAGGGUUUGAACUUCCUCCACUCUAGGACACCGCCUAUUAUUCAUAGAGAUCUGAAGUGCGACAAUAUCUUCAUAACGGGCACUACGGGCAGCGUCAAGAUCGGCGACCUCGGACUUGCCACACUCAAGAACAGGAGCUUUGCCAAGUCCGUUAUUGGCACGCCGGAGUUCAUGGCGCCGGAGAUGUACGAGGAGCACUACGACGAGUCUGUGGACGUGUACGCGUUCGGGAUGUGCAUGCUGGAGAUGGCCACCGGGGAGUAUCCCUACAGCGAGUGCAGCGGACCCGCACAGAUAUACAAGAAGGUCGUCUCGGGUGUGAAACCGCAGAGUUUGGACAAAGUGAACAUUCCUGAAGUGAAAGAUAUCAUCGAGUCGUGUAUAAAGCCGAACAAAACUGAUAGGCCCAAGGUAAAAGAUCUGCUGAACCACGAGUUCUUCGGUGAAGACAUCGGUCUGCGGCUGGAGAUUGUCGGCCGCGACCUUGUCACCUCCUCCGACAUCACCAAGAUACAGUUCCGACUUAAGAUCAUUGAUCCUAAGAAACGAUCCUACACGCACAAGGAGAACGAGGCGAUCCAGUUCGAGUUUGAUAUGGAGCAGGACGAUUGCGAGGAGGUGGCCAAUGAGAUGGCCAAAGCGGGCCUCAUCAUGGAGGAGGAUGCUCGCAUCGUCUACAAACUGCUCAAGUCACAGCUCAUCUCGCUCAACCGAUGUUCGUGCCCGGUGUCGCCAGGUCGAAUUACGAUAUUAGAGAGGAGCGAGAAGAAAGCGCAGAUGUUGUUCAACCAGGAGCUGAUCAACGAGCAGAACAGACAACAAUUGCUGUUAGAACAGGUAAAGAUGUUCCAUAACCAACAGCAAGCCAGUCCUGUGGACCAAGUGAAAGCCGGACUUCUGAACGGAGUGGGAUCGCAGCCAACUUUAGCCGCCGUACAGCUAGAUCAACAAUCGCAGUUCCUUCAGACUCAACAACAACUCUUACAGCAACAAUAUCAACAAAUGAGUAACGAAGAAACGGCGAUGAAGAUCCUGCAACACAACCUGAUCCAGGCACGCAUAUCUCCCUCGCUCACAUCCCUCGAGCAGAACAUCAAGCAGCAGCAGGCGCUCAUGGAGCACAAUCUGCUCAACCAGCAGAUGCUGGACCAGAACGUGCCCGCCCAGCUCAUGGAGCAGCAGGCCCAGCUCGAGCCUGUCUCCAGCCAGCAGCAGCUGCACCAGAACAACAUACUCAACACGCAGUUCGGCCUCAACGAAAUCACCAACCAGAACCAGGCACUACAGCAGCACAUCAUACAGCAGCAGCAGAACAUCAUGCGGCACCAGGCGGCAGUCAUACAUCAAAAGCAGAUGGAGGAGCAGCUCACUGCGCAGGAAACCGCCAUCGCAGGCCCGCAGCCGAAUCUCGUCACCGGUCAGGUUCUCGAUCCGUCCUUGCAAAAUCUGCAAAAUAUACUCGCGCAGAUCAUUCAGAGGCCUGACACGCUGCAAUCCAGGAAGGAGUCGGAAUCCGAGCAGCAGCAGGCGAUGCAGCAGCAGCAGCAGGCCCAGCAGACGCCCGCCCUCAGUCAGCAGCCCACCACCGAGAGCGUCGAUGUGCCCGUGCAGCCAGCCCAGCAGGAGCAGGAAGCCCUGCAGCAGACCAUGAACUUGCUGGGAUCUCAAAUGCAACAAGCUACUCAAAACCUCGCUUACCAACAGAAUCAGCAGCAUUUCAUACAACCUAAUAUACUGUCGGCCGCAGUCGACCCCGCCAUUUUAGCUCAGCAGCAACAGGUGGCGCACGCGCAGCAACAGAUGGUACAAGCUCAGCAACAGUUGAACAUGCAGAAACAAAUGCUGGCGCAGCAACAACUAGUCUUCCAACAGCAUAUGCUUAGUCAGCAACAGUUGCACCUCCCCGGGCAGACACUCUCUCCACAACACUUUAGAAAUACGUUGUUCCAGCAGCAGCAAUACCUCGCGCAGCAGGAGCGUCAGUUGCAAACGCAACAAAAUAUCAUCGAUCAGCAGAAUUUGGCGCUGUUGGCGCAAAAGCAACAGCUAAUGGGACAACAACAGCAAAAAGUCGAAGAGAUGUUGCGAGCGCAACGCCCGGUGUAUCAACGGCAGGGGUCCGAACAAAGUCAAAUAAGCACAGCUGACAUGCACGACCAGCAGCAACCACUUGUGCAGGAUCAGUAUCAGCAGAAGCCACCGUUACAACCGCAGAUGUCCGUCGAUCAAAUGCAGCAGUAUCAAAAUCAGUACAUCGAUAUGCAAAUGCAGAAAAAAGAGGACCAUUACAUUCCUCAAAUGCAUCCUCUUCAAGGACAAUCCCUCCCUCAUAACAUACUGGCUCAGAAUUUCAGUGCAGUUCAGCAGAGCGAAAGACAGAUAUCUAGUCAUGAAGGCACUCCGGUGCAGAAUUAUUCUGUCAACCCUCUGCAGAUGUACCAACAGCAGAGCCAGUCCGUUCAGACGAUGCAAAACGUUUCCUAUCAAACGGAGCCAACUAUACCGUCCUCGGUGGCGGCGUCUGUACAACAAAAUGUUUCUCAUGUACAAGAUUCCACUCAGAUGCAUAUGCAGCCAAUGCAACAAGCCUCUGUGCAACAACAAGUUCAACAAUCAGUGCAACAAACGGUCCAACCCUCGGUCCAACAAUCAGUGCAACAGCCAGUCCAACAAUCUGUACAAACCACGAUCCAAACAUCUAUGCAACCUUCUAUGCAACAAUCUGUUCAACCAUCAGUCCAACAGAACGUUCAGCCAUCUAUCCAGCAGUCUGUUCAACAAACAGUUCAAUCAUCUGUGCAACAAUCAGUCCAGCAGUCUAGUCAACUUUCUGCACAGACAUCGGUUCAAAGCUCCGCUCAAAUACAAGAAUCGAUACCGCAUCAGUUGAGUAUUUCCGAGCCAUCGGAUAACGGACACGUCAACGGUGGGCAAAAGGAACAAUUUUUGACUCCCAUGACGGAAUUCCCAUCUGGUUCCACUCACCCAGAUGGCAUCAAGCCUCCAGAGUUGAGUUCCGUGGAAGAGAAGUUAGGAGAGGCACAACAAGAAGUUUCCGUCAGCACUGCAGUACCAUCCCCCAUCACCAGCGAGAAGAAGUCGAGGGGCUCUAAGAAACGUUCUCGGGAGAAAGACAAGCUGCCCAAACUGACAGUGCUGGAAGUGAACGAUUCAGCCACAGUUGUGGAGUGUCAGCUCGAGUCGAAGUCCAAAACUGUCACGUUCAAGUUUGACGUCACCGACGUCAACCCGGAGGAGAUAGCCAGUAAUCUCGUGUCAAACAACUUGCUACCGGAGUGGCAGAGUGUGACGUUCACGGAGCUGAUCCGCGAUAUCGUGCAGCAGCUGCUGAGCGACCCCGCGGCCACGCCCGUGCUCAGCCCCGCCCACCACGCCGCGCUCCGCCUCAAUAUGGAUAAGACUGACUACGACUCGGAGACGACGGAGCGUGAAGAAAACUUGACUGAUUCGAAUCAGGACAACUCUGAGUGCACCACGCCCACUGCGAGCCAGGACAGCAUCGCGCUCGCCGAGCUGGCCGACGAUGAGCCCGUGCCCUCCGCGCCCACGCCCACACCUGCAGAUCCCGCACCAACGCCCACGCCCACUCCUACACCCACACCCGCAUCUGUGCCUGCCCCCGGCCCCACCCCCGCACCCGCCCUUCCCGCACACUUACCCGCUGAGAUAUCUUCGCGAAAGAUCAGCACCGCUUCUUCUAUAGGUUCUAAUCAGUCGGACGGCGGCUCGAUACCACCAGAUCGUUCUGGCAGUUCUGAAUCACAAAACGGCGAGAAGAAAACCCAAAAACCUACUCGUAAGAUAUCGAGAUUUCUAGUCAGCCCCGUGGUGGACCGAGGUGAGGACGUCGUGGAGGAGAAGAUCGAGCCCGAGAAGCCUCCCGAGCCCAAGCUGUACUCCGAGGUCGCCAAGGAGCCUCGUAAAGACGCCCAGGUCAACGGGCUGCCGGAGGAACAGCCCCCGCCGCCCUCACAACCUCAGCCAGCCAUGCAACGGCCGCAGCAACCUCACCAGCCUCAGCAGCCUGCACAGCCGCCACAGCCCGCACCGGCCACACAAGUCACACCGCAAGUCAUUCCUCAAGAAAAAUAUGUUCCUACGCACCAGUAUUCAGUAGCGUCGCAGAUGCACCCGCCCCACACCGUCACCGAGCACAGGAUGGAGGUGAAGCAAGAAAUACCCAUCAGCGCGCCCAUAGCGCAGAGCGUCGUGCCGCCCAUCACCGCCCCCAUCGUCAACAACAUACAGCCCACCAUCCCGCCCGCGCUGCCCUUCCAAAACCCAAUGAUAAACCCCAAUCUGCUCAGCGGGACGAUUCAGGCCAAUCUAACCAACUUGAGCACGCCCCUCCAAAUAGCAACAGAUACGCCCCUCCUCGGAUUAAGCCAAGUCGGUACGCCGAUAGGAGUGGGCGCAGAUUUGGGCCUCGGAAUGGGCCUGGGGGCUGUGGGACCCACGCUGGCCGACCCUGUGGGCCUGAGUCGGCUGCCUUUCGCCCAACCUGCCCUCGCGCCCGCAGCGACCCUGACCGAUGCUCUUCCGAACGCAGAGAACAUACAGAGGAUGUUGUUGAAGCAGAAUAUUAUGAACCAACAGCAGAACCUGACGGGCCCCAACCUGCUGGGUCUGCUGAACCAAUCGCAGUACCCGCAGCCAGACCUCGCGCUGCACAACAACCUGCUCACAAACGCACAGCCCGCGUGCGGCACGCUGGCGGGCGCGCGGCUGCCGGGUCACUACGUGCCGCAGAAGUACUACCAACCGGUGCUGGCCUGCGCGGCUACCGCCAACGAUUUCAUAGCUCAGCAGCAAGCGCUGCAGGGCUCGGUGUGUCCGCUCGGCGCGCCGGCGCUUGGCGGGGGCUUCGCCCUGGGCUUGGGGCUGGGCGCGCCCAUGCUGCAGCAUCAGCUCGCCGCCCACAACCUGGCGCUCAACCAGAACCUCAUGGGGCAGAAUCUUGGACAAAACUUAGGUCUAGCAACUCAGAAUUUGGGCGUUGGGGGACAGAAUCUCAUGGGUGGGCAGAAGUUCGGUGUGGGCGGACCUGCACUGUCAUUGGUGGGGGCGGGGCCGCUGCACCGCAAUGCGCACGCGCACCACGCUCAUCACACGCUCGCGCGCAGGGCUGUAGAACUCGAUGGAGCUGGUAUGACAAACAUGAACUCUACUGGGUCGUCGCAGCCGAGCACACCCAACAAGAGCCAGUCGUACGAGUACAUGCUAUCUCUGCAGCAGAAGCUCUCCUCUAUAUCAAACAGCGGCCCGGUGUCGCCGCAGUCUCCGUUGGAGUACAGCCCCAUGUUGUCGCCCACACAGCGCGCCAUGCACGCCAUACCCACGCAUAAGACGGGAGAGGGUAGUGAGGCGCCGGGAAGCGAGGCGGGCGAGGGGCCUGAAGCGGGCGGGGCGGUGGGCGUGGCCGGGGGCGUCGCGGCGCACGCGUCCCGCCUAGCCCAUCUCGACCACGAGCUGAGCAAGAUCAGCCUGCACUACAAACAUGCACCCAACAAGGACGUGUUUUUGGAGCAUGGCAAUGAGGAACAUGAGAUUAUGUCUGACAACGUUAACGACGGCGCGGGCAGCGCGUACGAAGAGGCGGGCGAGGAGUGGGAGAGCGCGCGUCGCCGGUACCGCGUGGCGCGCGCCGCCCCCUGCCGCGGAUACGCCCUCUGCCGCCUGCUGCCCCGCCUGCCGCCCCCCGCCCGCCACCACGCUAAAGAAUCUUCGCACGUGUUCGGCGAGAGCGCGCUUGACGACAUGUCGUGCGACAACACGUCGUGGUGCGAGGACGGCGUUGGGGAGGGCGGGGCGGAGGGCGUGGCCGAGAACGGGGCGGAGGCGGAGGCGGCAGACACGUACGUGCUGACGGACGCGGCGCGCGCGCGCUGCUACGUAAUCACGGACGCGCUCAGCGGCCGCGUCGCCACCGUGCUCGACCCCGCACCACAACAGACUGACCCGAAGCAGGCGGCUGAAGAAAUAUCGGAAGACAAGGAACGCAGCUUCCUGAUCGUGGACCCGGCGCGUGACAUGACGUGCACCGUGCUCGCGCGCACGCUCGACCUCGAGCGAGACUCCGCAUUCGACCGUUUCGUCGAGCGCACCUACAGCCAACACGAGCACACGCCUGAUGAGAAGUGUGAGAGCGUGUCUGCGACGGAGGAGCUGAACAAGUGGCGCUGCGUGGAGGUAGAGGGGCAGACGUGGCGCGAGGGGGCGGAGGUGUCGGGGGCGGGGCUGUGCGCGGCGGGGGCGGGGGCGGGGCCGCAAGCUGCGCGCGCACAGGCCGGCACGCUGCUCGCCGACGUGCUCGUGGACGACGUGCUCACAGAUAGAGCGUGGUGCCGGCAGGUGGUGGUGGUGUCGCUGAGCGCGGCCGCGCCCUCAUGACAAGUGUAGCGACUCACAAAGUACCUUAUAUUUAUUGUACCGUGUAUCAUAAACUAUAUCUAUAUCAUUAAUCCUAAAUAAACUAUUCAUAUGUGAUAUCUCGAUAA